UGGCCUGCUAUGGCACGGCAAAUGCUUCUUUCGUUGCCUCGGCUCCCGGGCCGCAUUAUGUAUUUCUCGUCCGGCUGAGGCUCUCCGUCCGACCGAAUGUGUGACUCGCGUCCAACGCAUUUUCUUCGUGCGCUGCGCGGCUGAUCUCGAAUCUCGUCUCUCCCACUGUCGUAACCAAGCAGGAUAUAAGUAUAUAGGUGAAUGCUUUUCUAUCGCGACGGUUUCUCUGUGCGCCGUUGAUAAUAUACAUUCCCGCGCGAGAGAUAAUCAUAAGUAUCUCGCGUUAAUUCCUCGCGGUUUGGCUUACAUAAUGCUCGGCUCGAUGAAACUGCAUCGAUCUCUCGGGAUGACACUUAUGAUGUGCUCGACGUUUAUGACGUCGGCUGCACAGAGGCUAUCACACUCUACGUGCUGUUAUGACUGAUCGAGCUCGAACGAUGGGACUGGAGCCCGAGAUGGCUGCUCCUCUGCAUUUGCAGCGCCUGGAACGCAGCUUGAAUAUACAGCCUUUCUUGAGUCAAGUUAACACGCUCUUUCAAGAUCAAAUCAGCGACGAGGAGGAGUCUUCUGAGGAUGAAUCGGCUGAAUCGGAUACUGAUCUCAAUGAGUUGAUAUCGCAAAAAGAUGAAGAGAGGAACAACAAACUUAGGUUGUACAAUAUGAGUAACGUGGGCGAGGAAAGAAGGUGGCUACAGGAUAUAUUACUGAGCGAUGGUUCCGACACCUCUUCCUCGGAGUCAGACUCUGACAGUUCAAUCACAGAAGAAGAUUUCCAAGAGAUGCUUAAAUUUCAUAUGUUGAAAAAGAAGUAUCAAGCCAAGUUUUAUCAGAAACCAGAAAACAUACAGUAUCAGUAUUAUGGAGCAGGUUUAUUGUCUAGCCAUGACAGGUUCUUAGAACAUCAAAAGCUCAUAGUUGGUAAUAAAAAGAAAAAAGAAAAGAAACCGGAGAAAAAAGUUGUCAAAAUAAAGAAAGAGAAGGCAAUGCACAAAGCAGGCCACGAUAUCAAGGAUCAAAAAUAUGCCAACGACAAUUGGGAUAAAAGUACAUCACAAGAAGAUCAACUGGAUGAAUCAGAAUUAGAAUUAGUUAUGAAGCAUCAACCACGUGGACGUGGUAGAAAAAAGCAUAACAAUAAAAGUCCGGAAGUAAUGGCAAUGAGAAGACGAAAAAUUUGGAUGAUGAUGUCUAAAAAGGAGCUUGGUAAAGUUCAGAGAGCUAAGACCAAUAACCACAAAGAAAUGCUGAUCAGUUGUAAAAAGGUAGCACAGCAUUGUAUGAAAUAUUGGAGGCAGAAGGCCAUGCAAUCUCAAAAAAAUAUGAAAGAAACGAUAUGGAGAGCAAAGAGAUUAACCAGAGAAAUGCAGUCUUAUUGGAAACGUUAUGAUCGUGUUGAGAGGGAAACUAGAAAAAGGCUAGAAAAAGAAGCUGAAGAGCAGCGAAAAAUGGACGUUGAGCUGAUAGAAGCUAAACGACAGCAGAGAAAACUUAAUUUUUUAAUCACGCAAACAGAAUUGUACGCGCAUUUUAUGUCGCGCAAAUUAGGAAAAGCUUCUCCAGAAGAACAGUUACGGAUCUUGAAUCAACUGGAUGAAGAAAAGAAUCCAAGACUUGCUGGAAUUGAUGAUUAUGACAGUGAGAUUAUGAAGCAAAAAGCUAAGAAGAAUGCGAUAGAUGCGUUUGACAGCGAAAGAGCGAGAACGCGUCAGUUUGAUCCAUCAACCAAUCAAGAGUUGCGAUUAAGCGAUACACCAGAAACUAUGGAGCAUCCUCAGCCUUCUAUUUUCAAAGGAAAUCUAAAAGGUUAUCAAUUAAAAGGAAUGAAUUGGUUAGCUAAUCUCUAUGACCAGGGUAUCAGUGGGAUUUUAGCAGAUGAAAUGGGUUUGGGAAAAACCGUGCAGUCAAUCGCUUUUUUAUGUCAUAUCGCCGAAAAAUACUCUGUUUGGGGUCCGUUUCUGAUAAUCUCACCUGCUUCAACUUUGCACAACUGGCAACAAGAAAUGGCGAGGUUCGUUCCACUUUUUAAAGUAGUUCCUUACUGGGGUAAUCCUCAAGAGAGGAAAAUCUUACGGCAGUUUUGGGACACCAAAGAUCUGCACACGAAAGAAGCGUCGUUUCAUGUUGUGAUAACAAGCUACCAGCUAGUUAUUACCGACUACAAGUAUUUCAAUAGGAUAAAAUGGCAAUACAUGAUUCUAGAUGAAGCACAAGCAAUAAAAAGCACAAGCAGUAUGAGGUGGAAACUUUUAUUAGGAUUCAGUUGUCGCAAUCGCCUUUUGCUCAGUGGAACACCAAUUCAGAACAGUAUGGCCGAGUUAUGGGCUCUGCUUCACUUUAUUAUGCCCACACUUUUUGAUUCCCACGAUGAAUUCAACGAAUGGUUUUCAAAAGAUAUCGAGAGUCACGCAGAAAAUAAAACUGGGAUUGACGAAAAACAUUUAUCGAGAUUACAUAUGAUUUUGAAACCUUUCAUGUUGAGAAGAAUCAAGAAGGACGUAGAAAAUGAGCUGUCCGAUAAAAUUGAAGUAAUGGUGUACUGUCCACUCACAACAAGGCAAAAACUGCUUUACUCUGCUUUGAAAAAGAAAAUUAGGAUAGAGGAUUUGCUACACUACUCAGUUGGAGAUAGUGCAGCUAAUGAUAAAAACUUUACAUCGAAUUUGAUGAAUCUAGUCAUGCAAUUCAGAAAAGUUUGCAAUCAUCCAGAACUUUUUGAGCGCCGGGAUGCAAAAUCGCCCUACUUCAUGCAUACUGAAUCGUUGGAAUUGCCAUCUCUUUUGUAUAAAGAAGGUAUUAUAAGCUCGGCUGUGCCGUCCAAAGACCACUUACUGUACAAUAAACUUUUUAUAUUUGCUACUGAAUACAUUCAUCGAGCAUUAUACGGCGAAGAUCAAGAAUCGAGGAAUUGCUUCUCGUUUAGUAGAUUUAGUAAUUUAUCAUCACAAGAUAUGAAUAGUAUUUUCAUUAUUGGUAUAAUAUUCAGGUUGUGCCACGCGUGGCAACUGAAGAAAGCCAUGAGCGUAAAACAGCACUGGGAGGAUUGGCCAGAGAAUUCGAGUUUGAUUUCUCCCAGUGUUAUGUGGCUACUGAGUGAAAAGUUCAACGCAUCUUCUGAAAUUGCUAGUGAUUUGAUUUUCAGCAGAAAAAUUCUUCAGGGCGAAACUGUAUAUACUCACGUUACACAUUCAAUUCACUCGAUGCCGGAGACGGUCGCUCACAGGAUACUCCGUAGUAGUAAAAAAGCUAAUCAGCCCAUCAAACUCCAGAGAUCCGUUUGUUCCGUAAAGAUAGAGCAGGGCGAAGAUCUAAAGGUUCCCUUGCUACCCGAACAUCCACAUGUUCCGAGAGCGCCAAUUUUGAGGCACUGUCAACCUACGACCCUGCCCACGUUCCUGUGUGAUAAAAUUCCUAAGGUUAUUGCUAAUUUGAGAAAAGUAUAUAUUAGUCAUUGUGCCGCGUCUCGCGAGUGGCAGAGACUUGAGGAGUGCGGCGGUUUGUUUGCCAAGAGAAUUCUGUGGCUUGGCUGUGAUUUAGCGCAAAAUGUACCCAACAAUCGAAUACACCUGCGCGCCACACUCCCGACGCAAUUCUCAUAUCAAGAAGUCGGUGGUUUAGCGGCGUGCAGGCCUCUGAACGGAUGGUCCAAUAUUACAGUACCGGACAAACAGACGUUGGUAACAGAUGCGGGCAAGUUAUCUGUACUCGACAAUCUUCUGAGGCGACUCAAGGAACAGGGACACCGAGUUUUGAUAUACUCGCAAAUGACCAAAAUGAUAGAUCUCCUAGAGGAGUAUAUGUAUCACCGGAAACACACGUUCAUGAGACUAGACGGUUCCUCCAAAAUUUCCGACCGCCGAGACAUGGUCGCCGACUUCCAGAAGAGGGCGGAUAUAUUCGUCUUUCUGCUGAGCACGAGAGCCGGAGGUUUGGGAAUCAACCUCACUGCUGCGGACACGGUAAUAUUCUACGACAGCGACUGGAAUCCAACGGUCGACCAACAAGCCAUGGACCGCGCACACAGGCUGGGCCAGACGAAGCAGGUGACGGUCUAUCGGCUUAUCUGCAAGGGCACGAUCGAGGAGCGCAUCCUGCAGCGAGCUCGCGAAAAGAGCGAGAUCCAACGCAUGGUGAUUAGCGGCGGUAACUUUAAGCCGGAUACGCUCAAGCCGAAGGAGGUGGUGUCGCUGCUGCUCGACGACGAGGAGAUCGAGGCGAAGUACAGCCAGCGGAGCGAGGAGAGAAAGCAGCACGCCGAGGAGGCCGCCCGAGCCAAGGCGAGCGCCGCUGCCGCCGCUGCCGCCGCUGCCGCUGCCACUGCUGAGCCGAGUCCGCACCACAAGGAGAGGGACCGGAAGAGGAAGCAAACCGCGCUUCCGGUCAAGAACGAGGCAAAAAGGGCCUGCAACGAGGAGGGAGAGUGGCCCGGGGCCUCCAUCGCGAUCGAGGGAUCGACCCAGCAGCAACAGCAGCAACAGCUUGGCCUGGACGAGUUAGGAGUUUCGGCCUCGCAGAGCCCCAAGUCCGAGGACGAGACGAGCAACGAGGGCCUGGUAGUGGACGUGGACGGUCCGGUGAGCAGCGGGCCCUUCCCCUCGGCCUCGCUGACCCUGCAGCAGUACAGUCAACAACGCACCGGCAACUUCGGCUUCGGCGACGGCACGAGAAUACGUCCGAUGACCGGCCGCGGGGUCAGCAAGCGUGGCAGACCUCGGGGCUCGCGUCGAGGUGGACCCAUCGGAGGCAAGACUCGAGGCAUGCUAGUACUGCAGCCGGGCGCCAAGGCCAACUCCAGCGGCGUCGGGGGCUUCACCACCCCGGCCAACCCUGCCGGCGGCGCAUCCGAAGGUUCGAGCCAGCCCCAGCAGCAGGCACUGCCUCACCAGCAGCACACGAGCGGCCUGAAGACGUCCUCGGGGAUAAGGCGGGGUCCGGGUCGGCCGAGGUUGAGGCCCAACGGACCGGGCAACCAGGGCUACCGCGCGCCGAGUCAUCACCCGAUCGCCGGUCAUCCGCAUCAGCAGACACAUCAGAAGAAGGCCACGGCACCUCUGCCGGUGCCGAUCCGCGUGCAGCCCAAGCUGCCGAGUAUCUCAUCGCAGGCGUCCGGCAGCGCGGCCACGAGCAAGACGAACGACAGCGGUCGGCCCUUCGGCUUCUACACCCAGCAGGUGCAGCCCGGUGGCACCUAAUUUCACGCCCGAGCUUUCUUGGACGUUGAUGAGCAUUUUUUUCUUUUCUUCGGGUUUUAGCUCGCUGUACAUACCUUUUAGGGACUCACCUACUCUUCUUUCUUCUUAUUUUUUUACUACGUUUUUAGCGACGGAUAGCCAUCGUAUUUAUUGUAAGAGGCGUGUAAAUUGUAAGUACAGAGUUAAAUUGUUGAAAUUUAUUUAUUCCUCGUAGUAGUUCCGAUGCGCCCAAGACGAAGCGCCGAACUCUUCUUUUCUACUCACGGUUUCGCACCAACUGUCAUUACUAUUACUACUGCUACUACAUAGAGAGUAAUUUUUUCACCAAAGUCAGCUGCAACUGCUAUAGGAUAUAUAAUAACAGCGCGAUAGAGUGUAUAAAGAGAUAUUCUUUGACCACGGAAUUUGUAAAUAUAGGAAAAUAACAUGUACAUUGUUUUAAUUUCUCUUAAGUUUAAUAAAAAGCCAAGUUGAGCAUAA